GCAGCAGAAGUAGCAGAAGCAGCAACGCGAUUCGGAAACAAACAAAACAAGCAAGCAACAACACAAACCAACCAAAUUUAUUCCAAGUUGUAAAGUGAGUGAAGUGUAGUGUUGUGUUCAAGUGUAUAAAAAAAUCAAACAACAACAAAUUAUAAUAAUUGCCAUUCAUAAAUAGCAACAUAGAGUGAGUAGUGAGCGUCGCAACCAACAAAAAUAAAAUCUGCUGUCAGCAACAAAUAGAGGAAAUAAGUGGCUGAAAUUAAGAAAGAAAUUAUUGAAAAUAUAGUGAAUUAUUACCAGUUAUUGAUGUAAAGAUACAUAUAUACAAGCAUCUAGAAAUAAAAUAUUAAGCCAUUUGUUAAAAAAUACGUAGAGAAAUAUAUUCAUAUUUUCUUUAUUUACCUAUCAAGCAAACAGAAAUUCCCACAAAAUACCUUUGAUGUUUGUUGUGUGAAUGCUAACGCUACUGCUGUUGUUGUCAGUGCUGCCACCGCCGCUGCUUUUGAAUGCGUCACAGACCUUCCUCCAGGGGAAAUAAAUUGAGGUGAAACACGCGCAGAAUAUCCAUCCCAACUGCCUAAAAGUAGUGAGUGAAGUGAAACGAAAUUCUCCCCCUCCGCUUAAGAGCACAUUUGCCACUUGUUAACAUUGCAUUGGGUCAGCAGAAAUUGUGUGUGUUUUCGUCAGUGCGUGUAUGUGUGUGCGUCAGUGAGUUGUAGAGUGUUUGUAUACCUAGUGUUCGCGCUUCAGGCCAAUCCAUCAAUAAUUUAACCCGAAGAAAAAAUCAAAGCAUCUAUUUUGGGUUUUUUUUUUAUCCAACCAUCCAUCACCAACUCCUCUACCAGUCAAACCCAGAAAUAAUUUCCGUGCUUGCCAGUGACGUCAUAACUUUCGCAACAUGGACUCGGUCAGUGCUAAUUAUGAUGAACAACAACAGCGCAAUGAAAUUACCGCAAUUCCUAUGUAUGGACUAAAAUUAAAAUUCGAUCAUGUGUGGCCAGAGAAACGCAAUCAGAAUCUAAGGCCCUCCAUUAAGCAAACAUUGCCUUUGGUGCCAUUGGCUUGUAGAUAUGCCGCCUACUACUGGAAAGUGUCACGUGAGGGCCGUCGUUGCUACAUGGAUUAUUAUUACGCCGAACAUGGCAAGCAAAUGUACGGUGUCCCCUUGGGUGGCAUUGGUGGUGGCACCAUAGGUCGGGGCUAUGCCGGAGAAUUUUGUCGCUUCCAAAUGCGUCCUGGAAUGUAUGAAUACCAUACGGUGCAGGCCAAUCAAUUUAUAGUGACCAUUAAGGAUGUCAAAGGCGAGACUAUCUAUCAGAGUUUGCUGUCGAAAAGAGCUGGCAGUAAUAAUCGUGCUAAACAGCCUUUGGGUAGUUGGCAAUCGAAUUUGGAUGAGGCCAAGUGCUUCUAUACAGGUCUGUAUCCCCGCUCCUGGACUGAAUAUGAUCUCUCUGAGUAUGGUGUGCGUUUGGUUUGCCGUCAAAUAUCGCCCGUUAUACCUCAUGACUACAAGGAAUCCUGUCUACCAUGUGCCGUUUUUGUGUGGUCGGUGGAGAAUGUUUGUGAUGAGGAACGUACCAUUUCCAUAGCUUUUACCUUUAAGAAUGGCACCGGCAAUAAGAAACAAGAUGCCGAGGGUUCGGCUACUUCCACCCUGUUUUCCGAAGGUAAUGCCAAGGGUGUAACCAUAAAUCAGAUGAUAGCUGAUAUGCCUUGCUCCUACAAUUUGGCUUGUCGUGUUUUGCCCGAAAUCAACAUUACGCGUUGUGUGAAGUUUGAUCCUUGCGGCAGUGGCGAACAAUUAUGGCAACAGCUUAAGGAGCAAGGACAAUUAAAUGAUGCUGCAGCAGAUGAAAAUCUUAAAUCCAACGAUUUGGGUGUGGCCAUCUGUGCUAGAGUUUCGUUGAAACCCAAAUCUCAACAUGAUUUGGAAUUUGCUUUGUCUUGGGAUAUGCCCAACAUACAUUUCCCCAAAAAGCUUAAAACUCACAAACGCUAUUAUACAAAAUAUUUUAGUGCAAAUGGUGAUUCGGGUCCAAAAAUCUGUGACUAUGCUUUGAAACAUUAUGGCAAUUGGGAAAAGCUUAUAGAUAAUUGGCAAAAACCCAUUUUGAAUGAUGAAGGCCUGCCGGAAUGGUAUAAAGGUGCUAUAUUUAAUCAACUUUAUUUUAUAUCUGAUGGUGGUACCCUAUGGCUGUUGUGUGACUCCUCCUUGGGCCAGGAACUGGAAUACAAUGAUCCCAGGAUUGCCUAUGGUCGCUUUGGCUAUCUGGAGGGCCAUGAAUAUCGCAUGUACAACACCUACGAUGUACAUUUCUAUGCUUCACCAGCCAUAGCUCAUCUAUGGCCCAAUCUACAGGUAAGCCUCCAAUAUGACUUCAAGGAUGCCAUUGCUGCUAACCUUACGGAUACCAGGAAAAUGUUGUACGAUGGCAAGGUAUUGCCUCGUAAGAUUAAAAAUUGUGUACCCCAUGAUUUGGGCGAUCCCGAUGAGGAACCUUUCACCCUUAUCAAUUGUUAUAACAUUCACGAUGUCAACGAAUGGAAAGAUUUAAAUACGAAAUUUGUUCUGCAAGUCUAUCGCGAUUACUAUGUGCUGAAUGAAUUGGCCCAAGCCCAGGCAGAUAAUGCGAGUAAAUUUAGUUCCAUUGAAUUCAUCGAUAAGGAUAGUUUGUACGAAAUGUAUACACAGGAUAAUAAGCGCAAAAAUUCGGUGGAAGAGAAGAAAGAAAAUCGUAAAUCGGCUUCUAUGUAUAUCAAUGAAACUAAUGGCAAGGUUUAUCUCAUGGAUGCCAUGGCCUAUUUAAAGGCCAUGUAUGGCUCGUGUAAGGCCAUUAUGGAAAGGACUAUUGAAUAUGAUCGCGAUAAUGAUGGUUUGAUAGAAAACACAAAAAUGCCAGACCAGACAUAUGAUUCGUGGGUUAUGGAGGGACCAAGCGCUUAUUGUUCGGGCCUAUGGUUGGCUGCCCUUCAGAGCAUGUCAGUGAUGGCAACAAUUUUGGACCAACCCAAUGACUGCAUACGGUAUCAGGAUAUUUUGGAGAAAGGCAAACGUUCGCUAGAGGAAAAACUCUGGAAUGGCAGCUAUUAUCGUUUCGAUACUUGCAACAGUCACAAAGACACCAUAAUGGCAGAUCAAUUAUGUGGUCAUUGGUAUUUAAAGACCUGUGGUUUCGAUUAUGAGAUCUAUCCCAAAGAGAAUGUACGCUCUGCCUUAAAGCAGAUUUUCCAAAACAAUGUCAUGGGUUUCCAUAAUGGUGAAAUUGGUGCUGCCAAUGGUUUCAUAGCCAAUUCGGAUCCUGAGAAACCCGGUCAUGUCGAUACCAGCAGCAUACAGUCCGAAGAGGUAUGGCCUGGCGUUAGCUUUGCCUUGGCAGCGACCAUGAUACAGGAAGGCAUGUUUGAGGAAGGUUUCAAAACUGCAGGCGGCCUUUAUGAGACCAUUUCACAAAAAUGUGGCAUGAAUUUUGAAACUCCAGAGGCUUUCUAUGGCGAAAAACGUUAUCGUUCCAUAGGCUAUAUGAGACCCUUGAGUAUUUGGUCCAUGCAAGUGGCUUGGGAAAGACGCAAAGCCCUUAGGGACUAAAGAGUUUAAAGAAAGGAUUUUUAAGAAAUGAACAAUGAAGAAUGGCUUAUUUUUUUAGGAAACUUUUUAAGGUGCAUUGUCUAUGAAACAAAAAGAGAGUACAAUUUUGUUUAGUAAUUAUUUACAAGUGUUUGUGUGUCCGUCUGUCUGUUUAUCGCAUAAAAACACAAAAUCACAAUGUUGUAACAAUGGAAACCAAAGAUUUUUAAAAAAUCAUCACUCAGCGAGGGUGAUGUGUACUUUUCAGAGCUUUGUUAGGUGCCCAGCAAGGUAGGAAUUUUUUCUACAAAUAAUAUAAGAAAAACAAAAAGAAUAGGGAAAUGAAAAAACAAAAUGACGAAAAAAGAAAGCACAAUUUUAAAUUAAGUUAUUUAAAAAAAUGCAGAUAACAGAUAAAGGAUAAUUAAUUCGAGCAACUAAGACACUUUUCCAUGGACGUAGAAGAACUCAACAACUGAUCCAGGAAAAAAAUGGAAACAUUCAAAAACAUUUGUUUUUUAUAGAAAAUUUUGUGUUUUUGGCAUAAAUCUUACUUACUUUGAAAUUUUUUAAAAUAGUUCCGUCAGCGGAAUUUCAAAACUUUGUCAAAAUUUGUCUUUUAUAACUAAUUUUGGCAAUACUUUAAACCAAGUUAGACCUCUUCAGGUAAAAUUUCCCCUAACUAGACAUUUCAGGCCCCUACAGUAGUCCAAAAUGACCAGGACUGAGUAACUAAAGCGAAAGCAAGCAGUGAGAAUAGUUUUCACCUAUAUAUUAUCCCGUUUCAUCUCUUCCCAGGUCGAGUAUUUAGAACGUAAGGUACUUGUCCUAUUAUAUCUUUCUUUCAAACCCACUAAACCAGUAGAAGUUCCAAUUUUCAAAUGCUCACACCACACUCAGAUAGUGGCUUGAGUUAAAGCUUCCCUAGACACAGGACAUCUUGGUUCUCGAUAUUCCAGGUCCAGAUUCCAUUAAUCAUCAGGGGCAAACUUCCCACAUAUCAAUGAGUGCUGUCCGAUUCAUGUUUAACCUUAAUGAUAAAGGACUUGGUCUUUAUUGGAGAGUCUGAGCGGCCCUCUUUGGGGAGAACUUUUUUCAUAGUAUUGCAACUCACAAAUGUCGCCAGCCUUAGGAGGGCAUAACCACCGCCGAAAACAUUUUUUCUUAUGUUCUCGUUGGGAUUCAAACCUAGGCGUUGUGCGUCAUAUUCGUUCAUGCUAACCUCUGCGCAACGUUGGCCUCCUCCAUCACAUACUAUAAUUGACAAAAUGUUCCCGUAGUGAUCCCUUUCAAGUCAGCAAUCUCAUUUUUCUUCACACACUGUGGAGCUGUUCACCUAUUCCAUAGGAUGAUCCAUAAGUUAUACCUUCUUAGCCUGCCCCUUUGGUAACCUGAUUUUCCUUCCAACCCCGAUGGUCCGAACUUAUAACAGUACGACAAGCCCUAAGAAAUGUCGUACCCACAUAAUCCAGAGCCUUCAGGGCCAACUCAAUGUCAACACAAAUUAUGACCGCCUAACAGAAUAACUGCUUCCGUUAAUAUUUUGUCCCUAUAGUCUCAAAACAAGUACAACCUUGAAAAGUGGCGAUAAAAUGGCCCCCUGUAGCGUGCCCUGUGCCACUUUCUCCCUUAUAUUUAUGUCAUGGGACCCGAAAUUUAUCCGCCUGUUACUUAGCAUAUAGUUUAUCCAGUCUCCAUGCACCCGGUACUGGUCUAAGGAUUGGAUCAAUGUGGCGGUCCGCACAUUUUUUAACGCCCCCUCGAUGACAUACACCCAACUGAACUUUUUUAUUUUUAUAAUUAAAAUUUUGACUUCAAACCCAGUUUUAUGUUACACCCCUAAAUCAACAUUGAAGUGUUCUCAGCUGCUCGAAUGUGAAAAACUAACCCAUGUCUGCAAACUUGUUUUAUUGUCGGUUAGUAGUUACUUUUUUGUUUUAUUAUUAUUACUUCAAAUAAAAAACUCCUAACUCUAACAAGGUAUCAUUAAGUUAUGGCAUAUCCUUUUUAUUCUUUAAGACGAGUCUCUGUUCUUGUUUCUUCUAUAGACUGAAUUCAUAAAUUAUUCACAAUGUUUUUAUGAUUAUUUUAUGCUUUUUUUAACUUUUACUAGUUAGGUUUAUAAUACAUUUGUAUAAUUUUAGUUAUGAGUUCCUUGUUUAUGUGUUCUUAGGUCUAUUAUAAGGUAUAUUCAUUAAAUAUCUAGAAAGCUUAUAUCGAAAGAAAAAGAAGUGUCCUGGUUUGUAAUGUCAAAGCGCAAAGUAAAAAACAAAUCCAAAUGUUAUAUGUUUUACAUGAUUGUGUACUUAUUUCACUGGUGUUAAUUAAACAAAAACUCCGAAGCAUAUAUAUAAAAGACCCCUCCCCUCUACCCAAUAUUACAAAUAUAAAACAGCAUAUAUAAAUAUUUAUUUAAAACAAAUUAUAAAAAUAAAAUCUAUAUUUAUGAAAAAACAUAA